AUGGCGGAGAAGAAGCAGCAUUGGCUGCUCGGAACGCAUGAUGAUCGAAUCGGCGACAGCAACGUCGGUAUCCAGGAUGGAAAAAGGACGAGGUCGACGACUUCAAAGGUAGUCGCUACCGCGGGAACCGGAAGCGCUGUCGACCACCGCCAUCUUCCCCGCAGUCACCUAAGCAUCAACAGCAGCGGCAGCGGGAGUGGUGGCGACAGAAGCUGCUGCAGCACCGUGUCGUUGUCGUCAGACACCUCGGGUUCGUUCGGCUUUUCCGCCGAAUGCAGUCCUGCAAGAAUUCCUGCUGCCGCAGCCGCCGCUACUGGGCAAUUUCCGUGUUCCCCGGCCCACGGUGGGUGGGUCGGUCGGCAGCUGAGCGGCGGCGGCAGCGGCGGUGGCAGUGGCGGCGGCAACGGAAACAACAUGCCGAUGUUCAAAGAUCCUAGAAAUGUAGCUGUUGGGACGAACUCGUUCGAAAUCCGCCAGGCCGCAGCCGGAUCGGCAGCCGGAGCAGACAAUCGCCGUCAUGACAGCUUUCGUCCGAUCGCGACCGCCUCUUCUUGCUGCUCGAGCGGCAGGGCAAGCAAGGACGGCGCUUUCCCGUGCCGUCCUUCUUCUCCGUUGAGCUUCGGGUCUGUGUGCCCCGACCCCAUCGCUAGCGCCGCCGUCGGCGGCAGUGACGGCAACGACGACGACAAGGAUGGCGUAAAAAACCACCCCCCGCCAAAGUUGAGCAGCAGGGCAAUGAUGCGGUCUGCCGCCGGUGGGUCAAGCGGUCCUUCUGCUUCUCCCAUCCGUUCUUCCGUUCCCGCUCCUUUGCCGGUGGAGUUGCCGCCGAAUUUGCCCACGGCAAGGGCUUUGUGGCCGGUGUUUCCGGGCCCAGGACAAGAACGAUUCGCCGGCGGCGGCGAUGGCGGCGGUAUGUCGUCCAGCGACGUUCGUUGGUCGUCGUCACCAUCAUCACAAUCAGGUGCUCCUGCUCCUGCUCAUGCUACCUCUGCUAAUAGUCCCGCAUGGCCGGUCCCGUCCGCCUCGUCUGGUCGGCCGUUUUCAUCCUCGAUGCUGAUUGGCGGUGGUGGAGGGUACCUCCCAGCCACCGAAAGGAUGCACUGUGACGACGAAGACGACGGCGAAGCUUAUGCCAGCGACGUCAGGAAGAUCGGCAGCAUCGAGAAGAUCCGGUCGGGAUCACCCUGUUCCGUCGCCGUCAACGCGAAGAGUCCGCAGCGCCAAGUUUCGGGGGUUUCGGGGGGACGUCCGAACGCCUCUGGGGUGAAGCGAACGAGGUCUUCGGACGCUAUAAGCCACACCAACGACGAGGGGCGGUACGGCCGUGGCAGGAACGGCGGACGGCGAAUGAAGCACAGCAGCGACAGCGACCCCCUCUCUUCGGCGAACGUGGCCGAUGACGGCCGCUGUCCAGCUCUCGCGCUGCUGUCAGCCUCCACCAAGACUCACGAACGUGCUUGCUCUUUUUCUGGUUUCCCUGGAGAGAGGACUGGCGGUCCUGCUGCCACAGGCGGCCAUGCUGGUGGCGUCGAUGCCUGUAGCGGAAACAUUUUGGCAAACGGCGGACGGCGGACUGAUAUGGAUGAUGUGGUACGUGUCUGUCUGUCCGCCCGUCAACCAGUUUAG